CUCCCAGUAAAUGUCACCCCGCGGCCGCCCCCCGGCAGACGAUGUUCGAGCGCGGUGUGCGCUGCCCCCGGCGGCCCGGGGCGGGGGUCCCCGGGCGGCAGCAGGAGGCGCGGUGAGCCCGGCCGCGGCAGCCGGGCGCUGAGCUCACCUCCCUCCGCCCCCCCCGCUCCCUUCUCCCUCCCCCUUCCCUCCCUCCUCCUCCGCCUCCUCCCGCGCCCAGCCUGCAGCCGGGAUCUCAGUAUUAUGGCAUCGAGGAGAAUGGAGACCAAACCCGUGAUAACGUGUCUGAAAACCCUCCUCAUCAUCUACUCCUUCGUGUUCUGGAUCACCGGCGUUAUCCUGCUGGCAGUGGGUGUCUGGGGCAAGCUGACCCUUGGCACCUACAUCUCCCUCAUUGCUGAGAACUCCACCAAUGCCCCCUACGUGCUCAUCGGGACGGGCACCACCAUCAUCGUCUUCGGCCUCUUCGGCUGCUUCGCCACCUGCCGUGGCAGCCCAUGGAUGCUGAAGCUGUAUGCCAUGUUCUUGUCCCUGGUGUUCCUGGCUGAGCUAGUGGCUGGCAUUUCAGGGUUUGUCUUUCGCCAUGAGAUCAAGGAUACUUUCCUUAGGACAUACACUGAAGCAAUCCAGAACUACAACAAGAACGAUGAGCGGAGCCAUGCAGUGGAUAACGUACAGGAAAGUCUGAGCUGCUGUGGCAUUCAGAGCUACACCAACUGGAGCACCAGCCCUUACUUCUUCAAGCACGGCAUCCCUACGAGCUGUUGCAUGAACUCCAGUGACUGCAACACUCAGGAUCUGCGCAACAUGACCGUGGCUGCCACUAAAGUAAACCAGAAGGGCUGUUAUGACUUGGUGACCAGUUUUAUGGAGACAAAUAUGGGAAUCAUAGCUGGAGUGGCUUUUGGGAUCGCAUUCUCACAGUUGAUCGGGAUGCUGCUGGCAUGCUGUCUGUCCCGGUUUAUUACUGCUAACCAGUAUGAGAUGGUGUAACAAGUCUUUCAAGAAGUGUGAAGUCCAGAGCCUGUGUGAAGACCAGGAGCUGCAGAAUUGGAGAAAGACUGCCAUGAAUGUUAUAGCACACACUGUCUCUCGCACGCACGCACGCACGCACGCACACCCCCACGAGCAAGCCCGUGCGCGCGCACACUCGCACCCCACUCCCCAACUGUCCCAUGCGUAGUGUCCCAUUCUGUGAAGUUCCGCGGUGCCACCCGCAGUGGCCGGGUCCCCUCGGCCCCCAGAGGCAGCCCCCGUCCCCGCGGCGCGGCCCAGGGCGGCACCGUCUGUAUGUUCUUGGUCACACAGUAGUUGCAUCGUAAGUUAACAAAGGUAACUCAUUAACAGCAUUGAUCGGGCUGUGCAUGUAGUGACUGGAGGGCAUAAUUAGCCUUUCACCAUGGUUAAUAAGUGUUGCACACGUUCAUAUAAACCGGUAUAUGAAAUAUAUAUUCUUUUGGUUUUAUCUUAAUUUCUUGUUUUGUUUAUUGCUUUACUAAGGUUUCCAUCCUUUCCCCCCUUCCCCUGCGCCUGUCCCCCUCUCCCCAAAAACAAAGGAAUCAGUAACAUAACGUAAAGAUACUUGAAAAUGAUGUUAAAAUGUUGUGCUUGAAGGGAACUGUUAUUCCUGAUGUUCUUCUACAUCUUUGAUUCUUACUCAGUGUUGUAUGCCUAGUGCGUAUCCCAGUAGGCUUUGUCUAGUGCAUUUUGCCUCGGAACCUGAUCCUGUGUAAUACUGUUAUUAAGCUGUGUUGUUGCUUACUGUGAAGGCAGAAAUUUUUGCUCCCUUUAUUUUUAUUACGUAGCUAUGAACUAAUUGAACUGUGCUGUACUGCGGCCUUCAUACUUUUUUCCUGUUCUUUCUUUUUUUUCCUUUCUUUUUUGCAUCGAGGUUGCAGCCACCAAGUACAUUGUUGAAUCAAAUCGAAAUAAAAACACACACACAGACACAAAAAAAAAAAAUCGCAAAAAAAAAUAAACAGGCAUAUGAAAUAUUUUUGGGGGAAAGCAAAAGUUUAAAACCUUUUUAAAAAAAAUAGGACUUUUUUAAUAAUGCCUCUGUCUAGCAUGCCAACGAGAAUGCAUUGAUAUUGUGAGUAUUUGUGAUAUACGUAUUAAUAAAUGGAACCAUUACAGAUUUC